AUCCAGGUUUUAAAAGAAUUCUUUGCAGGGGGGCCUACACAACAAAACCAAGAUGGAUGCCAUCAUAGACAAGGUCAACGAUACCUACAAUUUCUACCUCUAUACAUUAACAUUCAGUGAUCCCAGGGUAAAUGAUUGGUUAUUCAUGGACAGUCCGAUCCCGACGAUCGUCAUCACUGCUCUGUACCUCAUCAUGAUCCGGGUGGGACCGAAGAUGAUGGAGAACCACAAGCCACUGGAACUCAAGAACUCAAUGAUCCUCUACAAUUUCGCCUGUGUCGUCCUGUCUGGUUACAUCGUCAUAGAGGGUAUAUAUUGUGGAUACAAGGCAGGGUACAGCCUAAGCUGCCAACAAGUGGUCCAUAGCUACGAUGAAUAUGAGCAUAGGAUCGCCAAAGCUCUCUGGUGGUUUUACUUCUCUAAAUUCUUUGAGAUGUUGGAUACCACGUUCUUUAUACUGAGGAAAAGAAACAACCAAGUCACAUUUCUUCAUGUCUACCAUCACGCCUCCAUGUUUGUGUUGUGGUGGAUAGGCAUCAAAUGGGUUGCCGGAGGACAGGCCUUGUUUGGAGCCGUCAUGAACUCCUUCAUUCAUGUGGUGAUGUAUAGCUACUACUGCAUUGCCGCCAUGGGGCAGCAAUUUCACAAAUACCUCUGGUGGAAAAAGUACCUCACCAUGUUGCAAUUUGUCCAGUUUUGUCUUGGUAUGUUUCAUGCAAUCAACUCCCUCUACGUGCAAUGCCCCUUCCCCCUCUGGAUGCAGUACGGCCUCAUCGGCUACGCGACAUCCAUGUUCCUCCUCUUUGCAAACUUCUACCUCCACGCAUACAUCAAGGGCGAACGCCUCCCCAAGGCGCAGCUCAAGCUUGUCCGCGCAUUGAAGAAGAACGGCUCGAAAACGGACGUGCUGAAAAACGGCGCGGAUGGCGACGGUGUUCAGAAUGGCCGUGGGAAACAGAAGAGUAUAGGAGAAAGUAAGAAGGUGAAAUAAAUCAUGGGCUAGGUGUUAUCGAAGUAAGUUGUGAUAUAAGAAUGUGAUGUACAUACUGUAUGUACACAUUUUUCAAUACAUGGAACAAUACAAGAUUUUGUCCCAUAGAUCUAUACAUGUAUAGAUUGUAUGUGGAACAAAAUAAUUAUUGCGAUUUCAAGAUCUGCUUUCUGUGUUUGUGUUGAUGUUGUGAGCAUGAAAAAGCUGUUGAACCAACAUCCGAUCCAAAAACGAGCUGUGUUCUGAAGUAAGUUCAGAUGCAAGAUACCGAAUACUGGAAAAACCAUUGAUUCAGUCUUCUCCCCAAACUUGAGUUUUUGACUGUACGUGUAUACAUGUAGUUCCAAGUAUUGAAAAAUAAAAAUGCAUUCAUUUUUUGAGAGAGUACAUUUCAUGUUCACGGUGAAGGCAUUCAUUUCUGGGUGAAUGCAAUCAUUUUUAUGGUGAAUGCAUUCAUUUUCACUUUGAAUGCAUUCAUUUUUACAGUGAAUGCAUCCAUGUUCAUGGUGAAUGCAAUCCAUAUACAGAGAAUGCAUUCAUUUUCAUGGUGAAUGCAUUCAUUUUCACUGUGAAUACAUUCAUAUUCAUGGUGAAUGCACUCAUAUUCAUGGAGGUUGCAUUCAUUUUCACAGUGAGUGCAUUGGUAUUCACAGUGAAUGCAUUCAUUUUCAUGAAGGAUGCAUUCAUUUUCAAGUAGGCAUCACACCUUUCGCUUCCAUUCAAUAUGCUUUGGGAUGAGAUUUAAGAUGCUAUUGUGGUUACCAUUGCAUGAAGAAACAUGCAUGUAGUCCAAUAUGCAGGCUAUUUUGUGGUGUUCAGAGAUGUUAUUUAUUAUUAGCCAAUGAGUUAUCAAGUCUUAUCAAUGAGAAUGCCUUUGUGUGAACGGAGUGUCACCAGUAUGGCCCAACUUGUAAACAAAUAUUAUUGAAAACUGUAUUCAGCUUUGCUUUGCUAUUGUAGCUGUAUAGUCUCAGCUUUGCACAAAUACCGUAAGUCUAAAAUGUGGUGAUGCCGAUGCGUACUUGAUAUGCAACGUGCAAUCUUAUUGGUCAAUAUGCAGUCUCUCGGCAUGAUCUGACCAAUGCGGUCAUGCCUUUUAUAACGCACGCAACUAGCCCAUUAAGUGCGACUCUAAGUCAUACUUAAUCUUUGUAAAACACCCCCCUGGUGUAGGUACAUAUGCAGUGUUGUAGGACUCGAGUUCGCACUGGAGUCCUACUACAUGUAUGCUGGUUGAUAAUGGGAUUAAUACUGUUAUUAUAUAUGAUCCUGUUCUGUCGGUGCCUCCUUACAGAUUACCGCCCACGGACUGUGUAAUCACAAAACUUACACCGCCCUCUGGUGGUAUGAGUCUGAGAUAGAGUCCUACAAAUUGGGAUUCUAGUCCCAGUCUGGACUCGUGUCCUACGACACUGUACACAUGUGCACGUAUAUAUAUCUGUUGAUGAUAUAGCGAGGCAGGAGACUAGGAGAACAUUUUUGAUUAACAUUCGUUUUCUGGUAACUGAUAAAACAAAUGCAUCGAAAAAUAGAAUAGGCAAAUUAACAACUCGUUAAAAUCUCACUAUUUUAUCUUCAUACUAGUACAUUAUUAUAAAAUGGUGAUAAUAAUCAACUGUAGGAUGAAGAUGGUAUUUGUUCAUUACAACUCAUAAAUCACCUGUCAUGAUUAAUUACCAAAACAGAGGAGAUUCAGGACUCUUUUAUGUUCGGUACACUAUCAGACCUGCCAACCAGUACGUUUUAGCCAUAUUUAGUAUGUUCUUGCAACCAAAAUCCGGCAGUACGUUUUUUCUUUGAAAAGUACGUAUUUUUUUUACUAAAUCGUAAUUUAUUGAGAAAAAUAAUCUCUAUAUGUCUCCAUUUCAUAAAACGUACACAAAUAUGGUUAUUACAUGUAGAUCAAUGUAAUUUCAGGUAACUUAUAUUUUUUUCAAUCAUUUUGUUAAAACCAGGGUGAAGAUAUACACAUGUUUUAAUGUUUUUUUUCUACAACUUGGCAGCUCUGCACUAUAUUUCAUACAGUUUCGUCCAUGUGUCUAUCAGUGAACAUAAACCAGUGAUGAUUUAGAAUGAGAAAGAUGUAUCUCAAUUGCAAUGGAUGAUAUAAUGGUUGAUCAUUGCAACUCACAAAAUCACUUGCCAUAAGAGAAAAAAGAUCAAUUUACAACUCUCUUUUUUACAAAAAUGUGUGAUUUUUUUAAAAUACUGUAUAAAAAAAUACAAGUACAUGUAUAUUUAAAUCAAUCAUGUUGGAAUGAUAAUUCUAAAGAAAUUAAAUUAAUUUGUGUAUUACUUGCCAACCUACUGUGAUAGUAGAAUAUGAGGAAGUUCAAAAUUCUCUAAUAUGUGUCAGUUGUGACUUAAAUUAACUAUGUUUACAUAUUAACAACCAUGAUUUCAAUAUCAUAUAAUGAUAGUUGCUGCUUUGGCACAGGUGAUACCAAAUGAACGAACAGCAGCAAUGAAUAGAUGAGUAUUUUGUGUAUAAACUCUAUAGUAUAUGUGUAUAGAUUUAGCAUGUCACUAGUUUACACAUACAUGUAGUGUGAUCUCAGUUUGAUCUUAAAAAUGUAGAGCAUUGUGGCCCAGUGGAUUAGUCUUCUGACUUUGAAACAGAGGGUCGUGGGUUCGAAUCUCAGCCAUGGCGUAAUUUCCUUCUGCAAGAAAUUUAUCUACAUUGUGCUGCACUCAACCCAGGUGAGGUGAAUGGGUACCCUGGAAUGCAUGAGCGCUGAAAGGCAGCUCGAGCUAAAGCCGGGGUAAUGAUAAUAACAACGUGCCUCGGAAUAGAAUAUUUCUACAUAGAUGGCGCUAUAUAAAUGCCUAUUAUUAUUAUUUAUCUUGCAAUAGGAAUUAUCUCCCUGAGCUUAGAUAAUUAUGGGCAAUUCUACAAUGUACCAUUGUGGAUUUUAUAGUUGAACAGUGUUUUCGCUCUUAAUCAUGAUGUAAAGCUGAAAGACACAUAGCAAGCACAGGGUUUUAUGUUUAAUGAUAUACAGUGCCACUAAAAAGUUAGUGAACCCCACCAGAAAAUGAACAUUUAAAGUAUUCAAAAUUCUGCCAUGUUUUAGAUAUUUAAUUGUGAGGUAUUAAGAUGAAAGAAUAUUUCAUUUAAUAUAGGGCCUUUACACACAUGAAUCAUCAUUGUAAUGAUGAUUGCAAUUCGUCUUUAGAAUCAUCGGAUCUUUCACACGGAAAAUUCGUACUGUAUAAUUUCAGUGAAACUUAACUGGAAUUCACCUCUGGAGUAGAAUUUGAAUUUGUGAUUUUGAUUAGCAUUCGUGAUUCUACUUUGGUUUCACACGUGCUAAAAAUUCAUCAUUAGCCUUAUCUUUUACUGGAACCAUCAUUCAAAUUACAAUUUUUUUACCGUGUGAAAGGGCGGUUAAUUUAUUUCUCUGAGCUCGCCAAAUUUGUAGCAUUGUUGUCUGCGUUCAACACUCGGCAUGCAGGAGUGCAUUUUCUGGUGGGGUUCACUAUUAAACUUUUUAGCACCACAGUAUGUGUGUCUCCACUUGAUCACCAAUCACACAUAUAUGCAUGUACCAAUUUAUUCAGAGCAAACGAUGGAAUAGUUCUGGACAAAAUGUCUCUGUAGUAUUUACAGACAUUUCACACAAUGGACAAGAUCCAGUGCCCUCCUGUAUGUCUUGUUCAAAUUUUUCUUUCUAUUCAUGAACAAAAUAGUAUUAUUAGUGAUUUCAUCGAAGGAGUUAUACCUGGUUUUUUGUGUUCGAUCUAAUGCAGCAUGUUAUACAGACACUACUGUAUUUUGUUUUGCACUUAACAAGUUUUUUUAAUUUUUUUGAAACUGCAAUUAUUUCAAGCUUUAUAGCUCUAAUGUAUAGAGAUAUUUUUGUGUAGUUACUAAGGCCUUCGCAAAUGAAUGGGGCCUGCGAUGCCAAGUGGGUUUCUGUCUUUGUAUUCCAAAUACUGUAGGUAAAGGUAACUAUUGACAUGUUACAUGUAAUUCUCAUUCUUAUUGUAAACAUCACAGAUUGUGUUUUGCCCCCAGUAAAAAAAAAAUCACUUUGAAUUUUGGCAAACAUGAAACGUAUCAAAAUAAACAUUUGGUUUGCACUUUAGCUUUUCAUAUAGCAAUUGUUCACAAAGUCAUUCUUUGCAAACGGCUAUAUGAAGUGUUACAUUUUUUUGUAUACUGCAGAUUUUCAUUGGCCCUUUUGUUUAAUACAGAGUUGUCUUUACAUAGGCAAGUUUCAUUUCAUUGCAUGUAUUGGAAAGCUGCUUCCAUAGUUUGUACUGUAUGCUUCAUACCAGUACUUGAAUAUUAUUUUGAAGUAAACAAAUAUUUUAAAGGCUGAGUAAUAUUCAAAAUAUGCAAAGAUUUUUUGUAUUUUUUUCCCAAUUCCAGCAGUGAAUUACAUGUACAAAUGAAGUGUCGCUGGUAGAUCUGAUCUGAGCAAAUGGUUUCUAAGAAUUUAAUGGUAGUUGACGGCUAUUUGUAAAGUUUGUUCUGAAUUUGUAUGCAUUAACCAAUAUUUUUACUCUCAUGGAAUAGUUAUAUGAAGUUUUUGAAGUGUUUGUUUUUGUGAUGGUGAUGCAAUAUUGAAACCCGAUCAAAAACUUCUGUAAUGGAUCAAUAAUCUGAACGAAAAUGAAUAGCAAAUGAUUUCGAAGAGUUAGAUUGUAAUUUAGAUAGUAGAACAAUGAAAUUUGCAUGUAAAGGACAUACUAUGUACAUCUCAUGUUAUAGUUUUAAAUCAUGUUUCAUACACGUAACUAUGGAUAUUUCCCGUUAUUUAAGAGAGGGGUAAUUUUAUCUUCGACAUAACUUAUCUUUUUGUUUGCUUGCUUGAAUUAGUUAUACAAAAUUGAUGGAAGUUUUUGUUGCUGUUAAUGUGAUAUAGCGUGGACCUGUCCAUGUAGUGACCCAAAUUUGCAUCCCUUUUCCCCUCGGCAAUACAGUAUUUGAUGUAAAGUUAAAAAAUGAAAUAAAAAGUAAAGUCUAAACCUCAUUUGAUGUGCAAUGUAAAAUGGAUCAAAGGUCACAUAUUUGAAAAAAAAUGAUCCGUUUUAAUGAUAUGAUUGCCAAGGUAUAGAGUUUACAUGCAUUGUACGUACAAGUACAAAACAAAAGAUGAAAUUUAUGGAGAUCUUCCACCUACAUGUAUCUCCAACACAGUAAUUAAACGUAGUAUGAGAUUUGCUGGUCACUGUUUCCAUAGUGAGAAGGAAGUUAUUUCUGAUGUACUUUUGUGUAUUCUAUAUAUUUUACGUACUCCCUCAUAAAAUGAGAGGUCGGAGACCUUUAAAUUUUGUUAUGUAGGGAUACAAAUAAUUUGUCACAUGAUUUACCAACUCUCAUGUCAGAUUGUGAAGCCUGGCGUAUCAUUGUUGAUUCAUUCUUGGAUGUGUCUGAUUUGUAGUGUAGCGUAGCAUUGUACUCCAGAUGAUUGAGGGGAGAAAUAUGAAUAUUUUCUAUAAUGUAGUUUCUCAUGUGCAUGAAUAUAUGUUUGGGCAUUCACUUGUUUUUUUGUAUGCACAUUGGCACUGACAGUCUUUUUUUUAAUUGCUUUUGUAGUUGGUUCAAGCAGCAGGCUUUGGAUAAGUUUUGUUUAUGUGAAUAUCAUAUGUUAUAAUCCCUCUUUGGACAUGUUGAUGUAUAUGCCAAGAAAAAUGACAUUAUGGUAUCUCUAAAAGUUACAUCAGAAAGUACUCAACCAGUAUUUCCAAGCAAAGCUAUAUUUUUUAAAUUAGGUUUUAAAAAAUGUUAUAACACCCUUUAGUAAAAAAAAAUGUUUUCAGAAUGAUUAGAAACAUUUUUUCUUCAAAUUAGAAGUUUUGACAAUUUUUCAAUAUUCUGAUAAUGUUGUGUUUGCUUGGUUAAAAAUAAAAUCAUUUUAUCUGGACAUUCGAAGUUGUUUUUUAUGUUAAUGAUUGCCGAUGCCGCCAUGGACACUUAAUUGAAUAAAAAAUAUUUGGUUGUUAGUUUGAAGUUUAUAAGAUUUAGUCUGAAAUAUAUUAAUUGCAAUGUAAUGGUAACUAACAUAACAUUAUACAUAUUUUAGUAUUUUUUUAAAUAGAUGCAAUCAUGUACAAUAGUUAUAUGUAGAACCUCAAACCGCCAUUAAGAAGAGCAUUUAAGUUUUCCCUUUUAUCGCAUUAAAUAGUAAAUAUUUGAUGACAAAGCUCUAGUUUUAUAUGCAUAUGGAGUGAAGCUACCCAGAUUGUUGAAUAUUGGUGAUGAAAUUCACUAGGUUUUGAGCUUUCAAUAAUGCGAUAUAGAUCAUUUUUUAUACAAACUCACAAUUUUGAAAGACAGUUCAAUUUGUGCUUCAGCCAUCAACACAGGGCCCCGUCUUAUAAAGAGUUGUGAUUGAUCCAAUCAACCACAACUAUGGAUAGCCAGCAACAUCAACUUCUAAAAUACAUGUUUCUUCAAAAUAUUUUCUAGAUAUGAUGUAUAUUCAUACAUCAACUGUUUUCUUUACAAUUCAGUAUGCUUCUCUUCGUUUUCAUAGGACAUUUUGCAAAUAUCCUGUUGAAAAAAUUAUGAUGCUGAUGGAUUUCCAUAGACUUACGAUUGAUUGGAUCAAUUGUAAAUCUACGUAAGACGGGGCCCUGAUUUGCAAUCAUCCAGCCCUUUUUGUGCAUGGACAUGUCUGCCUUAAAUGCAUGUUAUGAAUGUGUAAAUGUGUCUUUUUACUGUAUAUGUAUUUUCAUAUAGGCCUAAUUGCACUUGUCCGAGUUAAAUUGUAAAUGGAGAUGGAGAGAGCUUUCCUAAAAGAAAAGAUGGGACUUCUCAUACUAACAUUUUCCUUUUACUCUUUUUUUUCAUUUGUUUAUUCUUUAUUUGCUGAAGAGCACAAUUUUCAAUUUAUCAAUCAUGCGAUGUAUAAUUGUAUCAAAAAUUGUCAGUACUCUUUAGAAUAUGUGAUUAUUGUGUGUUACAACGUCAAUUAUAAACAACUCAUUUCUAGAUGCAAUCAUAUUUGAUGAACUUGUGAUUCAUAUUUAAACAAAUCAAUUCUCAGUAUCUCAUUUGUAAUCAGUUGUAUUUCAUAUGAUAUUUAUUACAUUACAAAGUGCAUUAUAUGUCAACGAUGGUCAACCUGUUUUAAGUGCCAUUCAAGUGCACUUUUAAUUCUGUAUAUAGUUGCAUACUUUUUGGAGUAGAAUCUUGUAGAAUGGUCUCCGAGAAAGAAUUAAAUUCAGUGUAGUGUGAGCAAAUAA